AUGAGGGUUCACAGCCUCAGUCUGCUCUCCGUCCUACUCCUGGCUGGUCAGGUGCUCUCAGAAAAUGUCAAAAGUGGAGCAAAGAAUGCACAGGGUAGCAUUCCUGAUGGAGAUCCUUCAGUCCCUCAGGGCAGGCGCCAGAAUAAGCAGAGAAGCAGGACAUCCAAGUCCGUGACCAACGGCAAGUUUGUCACCAAAGACCAAGCCACCUGCAGGUGGGCUGUGACUGAGCAGGAGCUGGGCAUCAUGCUGAAGGUUGAGUGCACUGGCAUGGACCAGGAGGUUUCUUGUGUCUUUGCUGGCGAUCCAACUGGGUGCCUAAAGCACAACGAGGAGAGGGUCUACUGGAAACAAAUUGCCCAGACCCUACGCAAACAGAAAAACAUCUGUGGAAACUCCAAGAGCAUCCUGAAGACCAGAGUGUGCAAAAAGAAGUUUCCAGAAUCUAAUCUCAAGCUAGUAAAUACCAUUCUACACGGAGACCUAAAGCCCAGGAAGGAGGAAGUAGAGCUCUCCCAAAGAGAGUCAACCAAGGUCAAAGAGGACAAAGAUCCUAAGUGUGCAGAGGACCCAGAAGUGGUAAACCAGAGGAAAACUGCCCUGGAGUUCUGUGGGGAGUCCUGGAGCUCCUUCUGCACAUUCUUCCUCACCAUGUUUCAAGCUGCAUCAUGUUAA